UCCGUUUUAGAAUCCCCAGCACGACGAAGAAGAAGAGAUUCCCUCCACCCCCGCAAGCAACACGGACACCGGAGAAAAAGCGAAACCCCAAUAUAUAAUUUGAACUUUAUCGAUCUUCUCAGUCGGAAAUCGAGCCUCUGCUUCGAAUUCGCGUUGUUUUGCAGAUCUCGAGCGACGUUGGGUUCUCAUUUCUAUCCCUGUCCGCCGGAUUGUGGCGAUUUUCCUUUAUUGGGGUGAUUGUUUUUCUGCAUCUUCGUCGGCGGGUUGGGGGAUCGGAGUCUGUUGCCGCAAGUUUUCUUCUCCAGAUCUUCAGUAUAGCGAUCGGGUCGUUCGUCUGCCCUCUUGCCAUUUGAGCCUCAAGGCUUGGUAGCUUCUGCACUGGGGACAAUCCUGGACUAGCUUCUGGAGGUUGAAACAGUACAUUGUGUUAAACUUGGUGGAACGCGAAAUUUUCCAUUGUGGAGUAUGUGUUGAUUGGGUUUCGGUAUUGGGAUGGAUGAAGGAAUUUGUUGGAGUGCGAUGUAGUCCAAGGUGUCUCCUUUAGAAUGACGAUAACGUAGUUUGGAAAAUGGCUGAGGAUGGUGAAUAUGGCGUGUUGCUUCCUAGGUGGAAGAACAUUGGUAGCAUUGAAUUGGCCGAGUCCCAUCUCCUCCUCCUUUCAUGCUUCAUUGGCGGUUUAGUGGGGAUAUGUACUAUCCUGUACACGGCUUUCCAAUGGAGACGGAACAUCAAUUUAAGUUGGAUGAAAGCCAUAGCCAAAUCUAAAAAAAAUCCAACGUCCAGGCAAAAGGUCCCCAAAGCUCCUCAUACAUGGACGCCAGAAGCCGUAUCGCGUGGUUUAAACUGUUCUGUGUGUUUGAAUUCCACAUCUACUUCCCAGGCUCUGGGCUCUAUGGGUGCUUCAGACAGUUUCAUCUAUCGAUGCAGUGUUUGCGGCACAGCGGCUCAUUUAAGCUGCUCCUCAGCAGCUCACAAGGACUGCAAGUCGGUGUCAAUGACUGGAUAUGACCAUGUGGUACACCAAUGGACUCUGUGCUGGGCUGAAUUAACGGAUCAUCCAGAGGAAUCAUUUUUCUGUAGUUAUUGCGAAGAGCCAUGCAGUGGAUCGUUUCUUGGUGGAUCUCCCCUGUGGUGUUGCCUUUGGUGUCAAAGACUUGUGCACGUUGACUGCCACAAUAGCGUAUCCAAUGAUAUUUGUGAUUUAGGCCAAUUUAGAAAAUUGAUUCUAUCCCCUCUGAAUGUCAAAGAUCUGAGCCACAGUGCCUCGGGUGGAUUUUUCAGUUCAAUCACUCAUGGGGCCAAUGAGAUUGCAUCUACAAUGCGGGCAAGUAUUGGGAGUCGAAGAAAGAAGUCAAAGCACAGAAGUGGAUCUUCCACUAAUACCGGAAAUAGUGCGAGUGGUAGUGACACAACAGCUGAAAGCACUGCUGAUACGAGCUCAUCAGCUGAUUUUUCUCAGAAAAUUGGAAAAAAUCACAGUGAGGAAGUGGGCACUAGUGUUUCUCUUCAAAAUGGUAAGGUAGAUGAAGAAUUGCAUGGAGAAACCAGUUCCACAAGUAGACCAUUUGCUCAGAGAGAUGAGGAUCAGAAGAUAGGCGUGAAACAAAGAUACGAAUUAAUUGAUUUGCCUCCAGAUGCAAGACCUCUUUUAGUUUUUACUAAUAAAAAGAGUGGAGCUCAGCGGGGGAACUCUCUUAGACAACGAAUGAACGUUCUUCUCAAUCCUGUUCAGGUCUUCGAGUUGAGCUCCACACAAGGACCAGAAGUUGGUCUUCAUCUAUUCAGGAAGGUGCCUCAUUUUAGAGUCCUUGUGUGUGGGGGAGAUGGUACUGUAGGCUGGGUUCUUGAUAAGAUUGACAUGCAGAAUUUUGAUUCUCCACCUCCAGUAGCUAUUCUUCCAGCAGGAACUGGAAAUGAUCUGUCUAGGGUUUUGUCUUGGGGAGGUGGAUUAGGCUCAGUGGAGAGACAAGGAGGUCUAUUCGCAUUGUUAAACCAGAUAGAGCAUGCUGCAGUUACACUUCUUGACCGAUGGAAGGUAUCAAUCAUUAAUCAACAGGGCAAACAACUUCAAAAUCCCAAGUUUAUGAACAAUUAUAUUGGAAUUGGUUGUGAUGCAAAGGUUGCCUUGGACAUACAUAAUUUGAGAGAGGAGAACCCUGAGAAGUUCUACAAUCAGUUCAUGAACAAAGUUCUUUAUGCAAGAGAAGGUGCCAAGAGUAUAAUAGACCGGACACUCGCAGAUUUUCCUUGGCAAGUUCGCCUUGUUGUAGAUGGUGUUGAGGUAGAAGUCCCAGAGGACGCAGAAGGUGUGCUUGUAGCCAACAUCAGAAGCUACAUGGGUGGCGUAGAUCUAUGGCAAAAUGAGGAGGAAACUAACGAUAACUUUGACCCACAAUCUAUGCAUGAUAAAAUACUAGAGGUCGUGAGCAUAUCAGGAACAUGGCAUCUUGGGAAGCUUCAGGUGGGUCUUUCACGUGCACAAAGACUUGCUCAAGGGCAGUCAAUCAAGAUACAGCUUCUUGCUGCAUUACCUGUUCAAAUUGAUGGGGAACCUUGGUUUCAGCAACCAUGUACAUUGGCCAUAUCCCAUCAUGGACAGGCCUUCAUGCUGAAAAGGACGGCCGAGGAGCCUCUUGGUCAUGCAGCCGCCAUGAUCGCUGACGUUCUUGAGAAUGCGGAGAUCAAUCAAGUAAUCAAUUCCACGCAGAGGCGAGCCCUUCUUCAUGAAAUGGCGCUGAGGCUAUCAUAGAACUGUUCUGCUAAUGUGCGUCCGAAAGGGCGUGUUUUUGUACAUUACCAGUGGCUUUAGAAAAUCCAAUUCUUUCUCUUUCAUGUUAAUAGAGCUUUUGUCAUAUGCUUUGUGUACAUCAUCAUCUCGGUGUACCACAAUUUUGUGUUCUUGCAGUU